AUGCCCAACCAGAACAAACCUACACCCCCGCUGGACGAAAUCGCACCUCAUAUCCUUCGCCUCUGGAAGGCCCGCCAGACCGAUCGGCAGAUUAUCCAGGAAUUGCAAAAACACAUCGACACGACUCACUACGGUAUCGGGCUUACCACACUUUUGAAAGUUCGAAAGACGAUGGGUCUUCAACGUACCCGUCAACAGCGUCACACAGUCGAAACCAUUCGUGAUGCAAUGCUCGAUUUACGUGCUACAUAUCCGAAUGCUGGUGCACGUGAAAUGGUGAGUUAUCUUUACAUUGUGAGGACCAAUUUUACUGACCUACGAGUUUCGCAUCCUAGGAGGGUUGUGACAGAGUACUUUGCUUUGUAUGAACCGGAACUUGUUCGUCAGCGCAAGGCUUGUCGCCUUCGAAGGAGACGCUUCUGGGCAGCUGGCGUGAAUGAUUUAUUCGCAGUCGAUCAGCAUGACAAGUGGCUCAGAUUCGGUCUUGGGCUGCAUACUGGCAUUGAGCCUUUCUCUGGUCGUAUAAUGUGGAUUCGGGUCUGGCAUUCCAACCGAAAUCCGCAGCUCAUUCUGAGUUACUACCUUAACACAAUCGAGGCUCUCGGUCAUAUGCCAAUGGUCACUCAAAGUGAUCCGGGGUCCGAAAACUAUGGGAUUGCAAACGCGCAUACCAUGCUGCGACAGUAUCAUGACAAAGCUUUACAUGGUACGCUCCAGCAUUGUUGGAUGCGAACAAAGAAGAAUGUUAUGCCAGAGAUCGCAUGGUCUCAACUGCGCCGGCGGUUCACACCUGGAUUCGAGAAUCUUCUUGAUCAUGGCGUCAAUUCUGGUUGGUAUGAUUCAAAUAAUACCCUUCAAGUGAUGGUUUUCCGUUGGGUUUUCAUACCGUGGCUUCAGCAGGAGCUCGAUGCAUAUCAGGAUCGUAUUAACAAUACUGCCAAGCGGCACGACCGCAACAAAAUUCUUCCUCAUGGAGUACCCAAUCUUAUCUACCAUUCAGCUGAAGAUUUUGGAGCAUUGGAUUUCAAGAUUCAAAUCGAACCCGAGGCCCUAGACUUCGUCCGAAGUCUUUACAUCAAGCCCUCUCAUUGCGUGUUUGACCUGGUCCCAGAGGAUGCCCUCCAGCUCGCUGACAAGUUACCAGGCGAAAUUCAGCUGCAGGAUGAUGAAGAUGAAGAUUUUGUUCCACUUUUAGAUGACUAUCAAGACUUACCUUCUCGCGAGGAUCCCAAUGGCGCCUAUUAUAUGGGUGGUGUGGGCGGAGGACUUGGCCUUGAUGUUCUCUCACACAGUGAUGAGCCGGAUAUCACAACAGGGAUUGACGAAAGCUUGGUCGGUCUUGAUCACGCUGGUUUGGUGGUUUGGGAGUUCUCGGAUUGCGAAAGUGACGAUGAAAUGGUAGAUGGAUGGUGA